UUGUUUACGUGUGUUUGUGUUUUUCUGUCCAGAUGUGCUUCAGGUCUGUAGCCGGUUAGCUAACGGUGGAAGUGAAGCUGCUCAGUGUUGAUUUAACGUCACCGUGAGAAACGUGAGAAGAACAGGCAGUUCCAGGUUAAUGAUGAGUCAUUUUUAACGGGAUGGUUUUUUCAGCAUCUCACUUUCGUUAUGUGUCGUUCAUUUUACUGAUUAGCCGUUUAAACGUAAGGGGAGAGAUGUAAUGACUGAAAUCCCCUCUGCUCCUCUUGGGUGGCUGUGUUUCGGUUUCACUCCCUCUCUGAUGCUGUUCCUCCCUCUGACACAGCUCUAGUGUCACCUGAUUACAAAGUUACCGACACCGAGGUGGAUAUCUUUUUUAUCACACAGAAGAAGAACGGACAUUAAGUCCAUGAACAGAAAGUAACGUCUGAAUAAGGGACCCGGGUUUUACUUUGUUGUCAUCAGCUGCUUCUGAAGCGAAACAGUGGGUGAAACUUUGCUUCAGCCCGUUUGAAGCUAAUGAAGAAGCAGGUGGAGUUUUUCCUUUAAACGGCUGUGUCGUGAUGUCGGACACGGAGAGGUCUCUGCCGCCCCUCCGGAAGCUCAGCUAUGCGGUGGGACACUUUCUGAACGACCUGUGCGCGUCCAUGUGGUUCACGUACCUGCUGGUCUUCUACCACUCAGUGCUGGGUUUCCAGAACACCAAUGCGGGUCUGCUGCUGCUGGUCGGGCAGAUAGCUGAUGGUAUCUGCACGCCUCUGAUUGGCUACGAGUCUGACAGAAACCCUGGAUGUGGGAACUACGGCAAGAGGAAGACAUGGCACUUAGUUGGCACCGUGAGCGUGAUGCUGUCCUUCACCUUCAUCUUCAACCAGUGUCUGGGCUGUGACUCUCUCACCCCUCAGUGGGCGAGCCUCAUCUACUUCGUCCCCUUCAUCAUCAUCUUUCAGUUCGGCUGGGCCGCCACGCAGAUCUCCCACCUGUCCCUGAUCCCAGAGCUGGUCACCUGUGAGCACGCUAAAGUCGAACUCACUGCAUACAGAUAUGCGUUCACAGUGAUUGCCAACAUCACGGUGUACGCAGUGGCCUACCUGCUGUUCCAUGUGCAGGCAGGAGAGGACGACGACCCGCUCAGCGACGCACUCGGACCAGCAGACAUCCCCAUCUUCAGGAAUCUGGCGUUGAUCGUGCUGGGCAUCGGCACCUUAUUCUCCAUCUUCUUCCACCUGGGAACCAGGGAGUGGAGACGUGGAGCUGGAGAGGAGGAGGGGAGGAGGAGUAGGACAGUGGAGGAGGAAGAGGAAGAGGAAGAGGGGGAGCGCAGGCCACUGAUCCCUCGCCCAAACACCUCCUCAUCUCUUCUUCAGUGGAAAUGUUGGCUGCAGCAGCCGUCCUUCUACCAGGUGGCCUUACUCUACAUGUCCACCAGGUUAAUAGUGAAUCUGUCUCAGACCUACAUCUCAAUGUAUCUGAUUAACACUCUGGGGCUGCCAAAGAAGUUCAUAGCGACCAUCCCGUUAGUGAUGUACCUGAGUGGCUUCCUGUCCUCCUUCAUCAUGAAGCCUCUCAGUAAACUCAUUGGAAAAUGUCUCACCUAUUUCGUGGGCCUGCUGCUGAUCAUGGGGUUCUCCUACUGGGUGCUGUUGGAUGACAAGAUGGGUCAGAGGGUGUACGGGGCAGCGGUGCUGCUGGGGGCCGGCUCGGCCACCAUCCUGGUCAUAUCGCUUGCCAUGACCGCUGAGCUCAUCGCCGAUCAGACUCAAAGUGGAGCAUUUGUUUAUGGCGCCAUGAGCUUCACUGAUAAGUUGGCUAAUGGAGCAGCUGUGAUGGUCAUACAGGCAGUGCAUCCUUGCCAUACUGUGUUGUGUUGCCCGGCCUGUGUGUGGUUCUAUCAUUACAUCAUGGUCAUAGUGACAGGGGGCGUGGCUGUCAUCGCAGCUUUGGCCCUCUGCUCCAUCCUCAUCUGGCCAAUCAGGAUCAGACCCCGGGGUGUGUCGGUCAUCUCUGAUGAUGCAGCCAGAGUCAACUAAUAGCCCCUCCCCCACCCUCCCUCAAACUGACUCCUGGUUGGACAGGUCUCGCCUGGAGGAGCAUCUUUCCCUUUUCUUUCUGUUUUAGAUGAAUUUUUAGUUUUUCAGGGAGAAGUCUCAGGAGGAUUCUGAUUGGCUGCUUCUGAUCAAGCAGGAGCUUUUUUUUUUUUUAACUUACAGUAACUGACAGUUUCAGUCAUUUACAGCCUGGAUCUAGUUUUUCCAUAAUUUUCCAGAAAGUCUUUGACUGCUCACAGAAUGUUAAUCACAAACAUCAGAAUAAUGUAAGUUCAUUUCAUUACAGUAAAAUCACUGAACACCUGGAGUCAGCUGAUUACAAGAAGUGGGUGAAAGAGAGAGAGAAUUGUGAAAGAAUGAGGCGUAAUGAAAACGUCUUCCUGAUUGAGCUUCAUGAAUCGAUUGAUGGAAAAUUAAUCAAACUAUUCUGAUAAUGAAUCAUUUUUCAGUAUUUACUGGCUCUAGCCUCCUAAGUAUAAAGAUUUGCUGCUUUUGUUUUAUCUUAUUGUAAACUGGAUGUUUCCUGGACUGUUGGUCCAGUGAUUUAAAUGCGUCUGUUUCAGCUCUCAGAAGAUGUGAUGAGCAUUUUUCACACGUUUCUGACAUUUUAUGGAAAAAAAAAUGAUGAAAAGAGAAAAAUGAGCUUUACAGUGUAGUGAUGCAGGCAAAGGAAGGUUGAUGGCAAUUAUACAGAACUUUGGAAAAUGAUGAGAAAACAGGCUCCGGGAUCAAGAAGUUUAUUUUGCAGUCUUGUCUGCUGUAUUAGACGGUGCAGACACUGUGAGCACAGCUGAACUCAGUGUGGAUCACUCCACAUGACAAAGGGAACUAUCUCUCUGCUGCUGCACAACAUCUGAUGAGGGACAAAAACCAGGUGACGAAGGGAACUAGAUUCAGUGUGUGGCAUCUUCAAAUGGUCCAGCUGAGAAACACCAAAGAAGAAGAAGCAUAGACCACCUUAAAUCCUGUCAGUAUUUAACAACAUCAGCUCGUUAGCGACGCUGAUGAGACAGAAAACUAAAUUCCACAAAUCUCUCCUGUGAUCUGUCAUUAAAGGGUCAUUGCACUACAUUUUCUUCCACACGACGAGGCAUUGUUAAACGGCUCCAUUUACAGUGGCACGUGAAAACUGACCUUCAGAUCCACAGAGUGAAGCCUCGCUGCAACGCACAGAUGGCACUUAAAAGAAAAGAAAUUAACCUUGCACUAACCAUAAAUGUUACUGUUGGAGCAAAAAACAAAUCAGUCAGUUCAUCUUUUCUCAGCUGACUGAAAGGCAGCCCCUUCACAGGCUGUUGGGUCAGUUAACAUGCACUUGUUAAUCUGGCUAAGAGCUUGUGUCCCAGUAAAGUCUCAUUUACUGGAGCUGUAUAGUUGUUUUAAAGCUGGUGCAGUGGGCAGGAGGGAUUCUGGGAACAACUUCCUUUUAUGUAGAAAUGUUUCUAUUUUGAUCAUUUUCUUUGUUUAUAAUCGAACCAAAUGUAAAUGAACACAACAAAUGUUUUUAUAAUCAACACAAACUGGAAAAUCAGAAUGGGCUAUAAAGUCAAUACUAUCAAUAGCAUCCAUAUCAUAUGUGAAUAUCAAUAUAAGGGAAUCACAGUAGUAAAUCACCAGAGUGGGUACUGGUGUUUGACUGGAAGCUAUGGGAAAUCUGUGUUCACUUUCAGUUGAGUACAAAACAGGUCUUCUGUCAUGUAUUCUGUGUGUUUGCAGGACUUCUGUGAUUGUGCUGUUGUUUUAUAAAGGGACUCACUAAAUAAGUUUCAUCUGGUGAAACUGAA